UGCGCGUAGGUAGGCGCCGGGGGCGGGUCUGCCUGCGCACGACGUACGGAAGGAGCUCGCUGGGCGACCGCGGGGCCGACGGGUGCGGGGAGACUCUAGGUGGUCCGCCGACGUGCUGCUGCUUCUUAAUUCCGAGACCGAGACCAUGUCGGCCUACCCCAAAAGCUACAACCCAUUCGACGACGACGUGGAGGACGAGGGCACCCAACCGGCCCCCUGGAGGGACGCCCGCGACCCUUCCGACGGGCCCGCAGAGCCCGUGGACAGGCAGCAGUACCUGCGGCAGGAGGUGCUGCGCAGGGCCGAGGCUACUGUCGCCAGCACCGGCAGGUCCUUGUCACUCGUGUACGAGUCUGAGAAGGCCGGGGUCGCCACUUCCGAGGAACUUGUCCGUCAGCGAGGAGUCUUAGAACGCACAGAGAGGGUGGUGGAUAAGAUGGACCAGGAUCUGAAGACCAGCCAGAAGCACAUCAACAGCAUUAAGAGUGUGUUCGGGGGGCUUGUCAAUUACUUCAAGGCCAAACCUGUAGAGACCCCACCUGAACAGAACGGCAGCCUCACCCCCCAAGCCAGCAACAGAUUAAAAGAAGCUAUAAGUACAAGUAAAGAACAGGAGGCAAAGUACCAGGCCAGCCAUCCAAACCUCAGAAAGCUGGAUGAUGUAGACACUGUCGCUGGAGGGGCUAGUUCUACUGCGAGCACUGACGCUUACCCGAAGAACCCACACCUUCGAGCCUAUCAUCAGAAGAUUGAUAGCAACCUGGAUGAGCUGUCCAUGGGACUGGGCCGUCUGAAAGGCAUAGCCCUGGGGAUGCAGACAGAAAUUGAGGAGCAAGACGACAUUCUUGACCGACUGACGACCAAAGUGGACAAGUUAGACAUCAAUAUAAAAAGCACAGAAAGAAAAGUUCGACAACUCUAAGACAGAAAAGGAUUUCCACUCUAUUAUGAUGACAAGAUUCGAAAGAUCUUUUUUGAACUUCCAAGAAAUUUCAUUUAUUAUUUUACUAUGUAAUUUAAUUUGUGUUUGCAAGUGUUAGAGUGGGUCUUAAGA